GUGACCUUCGCGAGUCGUUGGCGUGCGGGUCGGGCGGCCGCAGCCGUGGGUCGGGGUCGGCGCCGAGAUGUUUCAGAGCCUCAUUAAAAAUGUUUGGACCCCCAUGAAGCCCUACUAUACCCAGGUCUACCAGGAGAUCUGGGUAGGAAUGGGGCUGAUGAGCGUCAUCAUUUACAAGAUCAGGAGUGCUGAUAAAAGAAGUAAAGCUUUGAAAGGUCCGAGUCCCGCACCUGCCCACGGCCACCACUGACCGGCCCGCCGCAGCGCCAGGCCGAUGGAGCCGGCAGCGUGGGACGUCCCUGUGCCCUCGUCCAGCCCCGUCUCCUCCUUGACGUGAAUAAAUGUCCCUGUGAGACCGGCCAAAAAAAAAAAAAAAAAAAAGAAA